AUGACGACGCGCGGCCAAUUCAACACCAAGAACCCCACCAUCAAGCGCAUCCUCAAAGAAGCGUCCGAACUCGCCUCCCACGCCUCCCCCGACUACCACGCCGAGCCGCUCGAAGACAACCUAUUCGAAUGGCACUUCACGCUGCGGGGCCCGCCGGCGCCGUCGCCCUACGCCGACGGCCUCUACCACGGGCGCAUCAUCCUGCCCGCGCAGUACCCGCUGCGGCCGCCGUCGUUCCGCUUCGUCACCCCGACCGGCCGCUUCGAGGUCAACCGCGAGAUCUGCCUGUCCAUCUCGGGCCACCACGAGGAGUCGUGGCAGCCCGCCUGGGGCAUCCGCACCGCCCUCGUCGCCAUCCGCUCCUUCAUGGACACGGACGCCAAGGGGCAGGUCGGCGGGAUCGACAGCACGGAUGCGGCGAGGCGCGCGAUGGCGAGGGAGAGCGCCGCGUAUAGGUGCGCUGCGUGUGGGGGGAGGCAGAAUGCUGAGAUUAUGAGGGAGAGGGAGGAGAUGGCGGCGGAGGCGGAGAGGGGCGAGGAGGGCGCGAGGAGGGAGGAGGAGGAGGUGCCCGAGGAGCUGCGCUUGGCGUAUAGGGAGGACCUGGCCGCGAAGGGGGAGGCCGAGAAGGCGCAGGCGAGUUCGUCGGCUGCCGCAGCUGAGUCGCCGGAGGGUAAUGUGGCGGCUGAGACGCCGCAGGGCCCGGGUCAGCCGGCUGCUGCUCAGUCACCCUCUGCGCCUGCGGCCACGACUGCUCGGUCGUCAUCGUCGACGACACCUGCCGGCGGUGCGCCAAGAGCCGCUGUCCCCGCACCUACGCGCACCGUGCCCGCGACUACUCCGGCUCUGCGGCAGCAGCAGCGGCCGCCGCUGGAUGAUGGCGUGCCGGCUUGGAUCGACAAGGCGAUAUACGGUGUUCUCGGGGCUCUGGCGUUCAUGAUUCUCCGGAGGUUUUUCUAA